AUGAUAGGAAGAAAUGCAAACCUACACAAAAGAUCAAAAAUUCAAAAUAGAUCCAUGUGUUACCGAUAUUACAAAUUUUUUCGACAUAUUUCGUGUAAAAUUCUUGGAUUAUCACCCUGGAAAAUUGAUAGUAAUAAUGUCUGGAGUGUAUCAUACGUCGAAUCAUUUUGCAACAUUUUAUUGAGCUUUGGUUUGAUUGCAUUAACCAUCGUUGAAUAUAUUGAAUAUACAAACUCUUCAGUUUCUGGAGCAAUUACGGCAUCAGUAAUCCAUAAAUCUUUACUCUUCACAGGACUAUCUGCAAGUUUCAUUGUUUUGUUCUACACAUUCUAUCAAAGGUCACUAAUAUCCACUAACAACCGUCUCACAAAAGUUGACAGAAUUUUAGAAAAGUGCGCGGAUUAUAAAUUAAAACGCGAUUAUACCAACGAAGUAAUCUUCAUUCUGAAUUUGUUGACGAUUGUUUUUUUGAUAUUAAUGUUGGAUGCAUGUUACUAUCCUGUGGCUGUCAUCUUGUAUGGAAAUUUGCCGACAGUCAUCGGGGGAGGUGUAAUGAUACAAUUUGCGAUGCUACUGAACAGAGUUGAGAAAAGAAUUAACAGUAUCAAUUCCACUGUUUUAAAAAUUGGUCCAGCAGAAGAUAAUAUCGUUGGCACGCAAGUACUUUCAUUGUCACAAAAAGUUAUCAUGCGUGAAUCGCUUAUCUACAAUAUUGAUAAUCUCAAAUCUGCUUUUAUCGAAUUGCACGAGAUAUGUUACGACAGUGCUCAAUUUUAUGGAGUACCUAUUAUAAUUACUUUAUUUUGUGGAGGUAUGAGAGUCUUCUUUACGGUGUAUAUUGCACUCUUGACGGUGUUGAAGCUAUCGAAUGAAGUUAUUGUAUGGCAUGUCGUCGGACCUCGUUUACUGUGGAUGGCUUCUACGAUUGUACUAUUAACUUCUAGUGUUACAACUAUUCAAAAACAGCAUCGUAAACUAGCGAAUACUAUAUCUAGGAUCGUAGAUAGAAAAAUAUUGAAUGAUAAAGUUUCUAAAAAGUUAAGUGACUUUUCAAGUGACCUUCAAUUUUUGGAGAUCAAAUUGUUUGCUUGUGAUAUUAUACCAGUCGGGCGUUCGCUUUUAGGAGUUGUAACGGGCACUAUUGCAAUGUAUAUAAUCAUUGCUAUACAGUUAGCCCUUGUUUAA